AUGUAUUCAAAUUCGCAACACUCUCCAUUCACAUUAACCUACCAGCGUCGUUAUAGAAGGAAAGGAAAACCGAAUGAACUUGAUAUUAUAAAAGAGAGCGCCAAGACAGUAGGUAAAGAUUAUUGCACUGAGGCAUCAAUUAGCGGGCUGAAGCAUCUGGUUGACGACAACACCUCAUGCCUGGAACGGGUACUAUGGAUCAUAAUAAUGAUAAGCGCCCUCAUAUGUUCAGUAUCUCUCGUGUUGAUAACGUUCAGAAAGUACUACAGGGCGCCUCUGGUGACCACACAAAUGCCGGAGGGUAUUUCUGUAAGCGAGAUAAUAUUUCCAGCUGUAGGAAUCUGCACUAACAAUCGGAUCAGUAAACGAGCUACUAUUGAGUUAGCACGAAAGUUACUUAAAGAAGAACGUAACAAAAUGUACGACGAAGAGGAAAUGCUAUCGCUCCUAGUUGGCCUAGGUUUGUUUUACAACAUUGAUCCGAUGGAUGACGAAGUGGUCAAACCGAUGCAACUGCACCGCGCACUAGGCGAAUACAAUGUCAAUGAACUUAUACAAAGCUUGACACCGCGUUGUGAAGAUCUACUUUUGAGAUGUGCGUGGAAUGACCAACCAAAGAACUGCUCCGAUAUUUUCGACUUCCGCCUCACCAUGAACGGGUACUGCUGUACAUUCAACUACUUAAGAAGAAAGGACGAUAUGUUUACGGACCCAACAGAAUCGACUCGCAGCAUAGAUAUGUAUAAAUACGGCAACAAAUCAAGUUUCGACUUUGACCAGGGUCUCAAAGUUUUAUUGCUACUAAAUGAGGACGAUGAUUUUUAUUACAAUAUACCGUUGCAAGGUGCCCAGUUACAAUUCUCAGACACAUACGACUUUCCCGAUGCACCAAGUGGAAGUUUUUCUAUGCAAAUCGUUAGUCCUAACGUACAGAUGACAGUAAAGGUUACUGCGAGCUUGACGGUAGCAUCGCGCGACAUUCAGCAUGUGCCUGUGAAGUUGCGUCAAUGUCUCUUCUACGACGAAUCCUCUUACUUACCAUUCUACACACACAGUGACUGCAUGCUUAAAUGUCGGAUGUCCUUCUUAUUGGCAAAUUGUAAUUGCACACCUUUUAAUAUGCCUAAAAUGUUAAACACGAGGACUUGCGAUUUGAGAGACAUACCAUGCCUCAGAAAAUAUAAUGCACAGUCAAUCACUGUUCGACCAAAUAUAGAUCAAAUACCUGUAGAGUUGGAGAUGAAUAUUGUAGACGGAGGCAUCAACUGUCCUAUGUGCUAUCCAACUUGUUCUAAAACUACUUACUAUUACGAUUUUAACAAUGUUAAAAUUUAUGCGGACUAUCUUAACGCUGUUCAGGAUACAGACAGAGUUGAAUGGCUACGAGGCGCAAAUUUCACCGGAACCUCCAUUGUGCAUGUGAAAUACGGGAAAGAAAUAGCAGACCGUUACGGACAAAAUGUUAUAAUGAAAUGGUUCGACUUGAUCAGUAACAUCGGUUCGACCUGUGGGUUUGUCACGGGCUUCAGUUUUGUAUCAGCAUUAGAGUUCAUAUAUUUUUUCACUGUGAAAUUAUGGCGGGAAAUAAAAAUGCGUCGUGCACAAGAAAAGCGCGUAGGAGACGUUAGCAUGUUGGGAUCUCCGCAGAAUAAUUCGGUUCGAAAUUAUCACUCACUUUAUUGGAAUGAGUUGGUCGGGUGGAGACAAAAUAUAAAUAUGUUAACGAAACAAGAACAGUAG